CUUUAAUUAAUAAAAUUAUAAUUACAAAAAUGGAGGGAAAUGUAAAGCGAAUGAAGUGUAGGGCAGCCGUCGCUUACGGACCAAAUAAGCCGAUGUCCGUCGAAGACAUUUAUGUGGAUCCGCCUAAAAGUGGAGAAAUAAGAGUCAAAAUAAUCGGAAGUGGUAUUUGUCGCUCAGAUCUGCAUAUUUUGGACACAAACAUAUCAAACGACUUUACAUUUCCAUUGAUUAUGGGUCACGAGGGGUCGGGUAUUGUGGAGAGUCUGGGGCCGGGUGUGACGGGUAUUAACGUUGGCGACUAUAUAAUCCCCCUCUGGAUUCCCAACUGUAAGAAAUGUGAUCUAUGUCUUAAUCGCAAAACAAACUUUUGCCAAACAGGGACUCAGGAGACAAUGAAUGUGAUGCCGGACGGCACCACCAGAUUCUGGACAAUGGAUGAGAAGCCAAUCUAUAAGUCGAUAGGUUGUGCCGCUUUCAGUGAGUACACAGUUAUGCCGAUCGAGUCGGUGGUAGUGGUCGACAAGAGCGUCGAUUUAGAGAAAGUGUGUCUAAUUGGGUGCUGUGUUGUCACCGGAUAUGGAAAUGUGGUGAAUGUGGCCAAAGUUGAUGAGGGCUCACAAGUGGCUGUCUUUGGGUUGGGAGCCAUCGGUUUGGCAGCCAUUAUGGCGGCCAAAGAGUGCGGUGCGAAGCGAGUCAUUGGUGUCGAUAUCAAUGAAGACAAGUUCCCGACGGCUAAGAAGUUUGGAUGCGAUGAGUGCGUGAAUCCCACAAAAUUGCCAAAAGGUUUUGAGACAAUUGAACAGUUGUUUCAGUCGUAUGGAGGACUGGACUAUACGUUUGAAUGCGUGGGUAAUGUCAGGGCUAUUAAGUCGGCCUUUGAAUCGCUUAAUCGGUGGGGAGUUUGCGUUGUCGUCGGUCUCCCGCCUAAAGGAAUGGAUGUUCCCAUCAAUCCAUGGCUUUUGCUAAGCGGUCAGAAACUGACGGGCAGUUUCUUCGGCGGAUAUAAGCCGAGGGAAGGCAUCGAGUAUUUAGUGAAUAAAUAUAUGAACGGAAACUUGAAUUUGGAUUUGUUUAUCACUAAUAAAAUAAAAUUAGAUGACAUUAAUCAGGGCUUUGAUCUCAUGAGGAAUGGAAAGGCUAUUCGUACACGAAUCCAAUGUCGGGCAGCCGUAGCCUAUGGUCUCCAUCAGCCACUAGUGGUGGAGGAUAUAUACGUCGAUCCGCCAAAAGCUAAUGAAAUCCGGAUUAAGAUUAUAAGCAGUGGUAUAUGUCGUUCAGAUCUUCAUAUAAUCGAGUCAAACAUCUCUAAAGAUUUUAUAUUCCCACUAAUUCUGGGACACGAGGGCUCCGGUAUUGUCGAGAGUGUCGGACAGAAUGUCACCUCUGUUUCUAUCGGAGAUCAUGUCAUCCCUCUGUGGUUACCUAACUGUCAGACUUGCGAUUUGUGUCAAAGCAAUAGAACUAACUUAUGUGAGACAGGAAAUAACGGCACUCUUAAUGUCAUGCCUGACGGCACAACCAGAUUCUGGACAAUGGAUGGAAAACCUAUUUACAACUCCAUAGGCUGUGCCACGUUUAGUGAGUACACCGUAAUGUCUGUGGAGUCGGUGGUUGUGGCCGACAAAAGAGCCGAUUUGGAGAAAAUCUGUUUAAUUGGUUGUUGUAUUGCAACCGGUUUUGGGAAUGCCGUCAAUUUGGCUCGAGUGGAAAGUGGCUCGAGUGUAGCCGUGUGGGGAUUGGGUGCCGUGGGAUUAGCCACUGCUAUGGGCGCUAAACACAACGGCGCCAAAAGGAUUAUAGGCGUCGAUAUCAAUGAAGAGAAGUUCGCGAUGGCGAAGGAGUUUGGAUGCAAUGAAUUCGUGAAUCCAAACCGUUUGCCCGAUGGCUAUAAGACUAUCGCUGAGCUGUUCAAAGCUGAUGGAGGACUCGACUAUACAUUUGAAUGCAUCGGAAACGUAAAGGCAAUGCAAUCGGCCUUUGAAUCGCUUAAUCGUUGGGGAGUUUGCGUAUCCAUAGGACUAUCACCACAUGGAGAAAACUUAACCAUAAAUCCAUGGCUUUUGCUAACGGGACAGAAACUGAUGGGGGGUUUUCUGGGCGGCUAUAAACCCAUUGAAGGCACCAAAGCGUUGAUUGAAAUGCACUUAAAAGGAGAGAUAAACUUAAAUCCAUUUAUAACACACAGAAUAAGUUUGGAUGAAAUAAACACUGGAAUAGAGUUAAUGACAUCCGGAAAGUCCAUCAGAGCUGUAGUCAUAUUCGAGAUAAAUAACAAUACAAUUGGUUUGUAAUUAACUUUUUAAAAAGUAUUAAUUUUAAUAAUUAC